UUUUUCACCUUAAAUCCCAGUGCCGCUCACGGUCCCAUUUCUCAGGUGAUGUACGGUGAUAUUUCUGUGGACAUCUCCAGUCGAUUCCCCCAGUUGAUUGGUGGCCGUGAGCGCGUGCUUCACCUAGCGCAUGGCCCUGUCGUUGCAACAGUUUUUUUCGAGUUCUCUUGGAGAUACUGUUUUGAAUGUCUUCCAGGAUGGCAUUUCAAAGCUGAGAAGUCUAGUGUAGCAAGUGGUUUCUUUGGUCAGUUACAUGCAUUCUAUGGAUCAUCUAAAUAUAUUGAGUGUGGUUCUCUGCACUAG